AUGCACAAUAGUGCAUUAAAUGAAGAUAUCUUAUUGAUAGCAACAAUUGAAAAAGCUUGGUUCGGCAUGCGUGUGGCGCGUGCAGGAGUACUGCGAGCCGUAGUAGUGACUAGUAUAGUGUGGCUGUUGGUAGACGUAGUCGUUUUGUUCUAUUACCUGGACAGCGGAAGUAUAACAAGCAAAGGGAAACAACGCAGUUAUGUGCGAGGAGAUCGCAUAGGAGGUGAGGAAGAAGUCAAACAACAACUUUCUCCGAGGGAUAUAAUAGAAAAAGAGGUGAUUGAUGCACCAAAAGCAAGGCUUUUGCGAAACAGGACAACAAUUAAUCCGCAAGUUCAACAGCGACUUAAUCAACUCUUGAGCAUGAAAUCAUUCCAAGCACCUGAAUACGGAGAAAACGGUAUUGGUGUGGCUGUACCCGCAGACAUGGCAGUCGAAAAAGACAAGCGAUUCUUGGAAAAUCAGUUCAAUGUUAUGGCUAGCGAAAUGAUUUCCAUCAACCGAUCUUUACCUGAUUAUCGCUCUUCAGAGUGCCAGACCAAAUUCUACAAAAAGAACUUACCAAAAACAUCUAUAAUCAUUGUUUUUCACAACGAAGCAUGGACAACACUCCUUCGGACCUUGCAUUCUGUUGUUAAUAGGUCACCUCUCGAUUUGCUGGAAGAAAUUAUUCUCAUUGAUGAUUUGUCUGAUCGUGACUAUUUGAAGGAGCCUCUUGAUGUUUACAUAAAACGAUUUCCUAUUCCAACUCGUCUCGUUCAUUUAAAGCGUCGGAGUGGCUUGAUACGGGCUCGCUUAACAGGAUCUGCUAUGGCAAAAGGACGAAUUUUGUUGUUCCUUGAUGCGCACGUUGAGGUUACUCCUGGGUGGUUAGAGCCGCUGGUGGAUCGAGUUGCGGACGACAGAAAACGUGUUGUUGCUCCUAUCAUCGAUGUUAUCUCAGAUGACACAUUCGAGUAUGUUACCGCCUCUGAUACUACGUGGGGUGGUUUCAAUUGGCAUCUAAAUUUCCGGUGGUAUCCAGUGCCGAAAAGAGAAAUGUUGAGAAGGAAGGGCGAUCAUUCGUCACCUAUUCAAACACCUACUAUAGCUGGAGGUCUUUUUGCUAUCGACAGACAAUUCUUCUAUGACAUAGGUUCGUACGAUGAAGGAAUGCAAGUUUGGGGUGGAGAAAAUCUUGAAAUAUCUUUCAGAGUCUGGAUGUGUGGUGGAUCGCUGGAAAUUCAUCCAUGUUCUCGCGUUGGGCAUGUUUUUCGGAAACAGACACCAUACACUUUUCCGGGUGGCACUGCAAAGGUAAUUCAUCACAAUGCAGCACGUACCGCUGAGGUUUGGAUGGACCAAUACAAGCAGUUCUUUUACAAGAUGGUUCCUUCAGCACGUAAUGUUGAUCCAGGGGACGUCUCUGGUAGACAACAGCUACGUGCCAGUCUACAUUGCAAAUCAUUUGAAUGGUACUUAAGAAAUAUUUAUCCGGAAGCUCCACUCCCGUAUGAUUUUCUUUCUCUGGGUGCUAUUUCGAAUACGGUAUCAAAGAAAUGUUUGGAUACGAUGGCUAAAAAGGAUGGUCCUGUGGGCUUCCAGCCGUGUCACGGAGCUGGAGGAAAUCAGGCUUGGGCCUUGACCGAAAGAGGAGAAAUCCGAUCGGACGACUUAUGCCUUUCUUCUGGUGCUGCAUUUGCUGUCGACAGCUUGCUGCGACUAGAACGAUGCAACGUCGCUACUCCCAGCCAGAAGCAUGUGUUCAAAUAUGAUCCUGAGGUCGGGAAGAUAGUCCAUCUGAAAACUGGUCGCUGUUUGUCCGCAACUUCUGGAAACGAAGCGGAAUUGCAACCGUGUGAUGGUUCUCCUAGGCAACAGUGGGCUGUCGAAGGAUAUGUACAAUAG